UAAUUGACAAACCGCAGAGAUCAUCUUUGUUCUCUUUCUCAUCUUCUGACCGCUUCCCCACGCGACUUAAAAUGGCGCAGCAGUUUGUGCAGGCGACAAUUAAGGGAGACAAAGUGGUGCUGUUUAUCAAGCCCACGUGCCCGUACUGCGUGAUGGCCAAAGACGUUUUGGCAAAAUAUAAAUUCAAGCCGGGACAUUUGGAGUGUGUUGAUAUAAGUGGACGCAGCGACAUGGACAGCAUGCAGGAGUACUUCCUGGAGCUCACCGGAGCGCGCACGGUCCCACGGGUGUUCAUCGGGAAGGACUGCAUUGGAGGCGGCAGCGACGUGGCGGCGCUAGACAAAAGUGGUAAACUGGUGAGCUUGCUGGAGUCUAUUGGAGCCCUGCAGUGACCCGCUCCACACCUCAGGCUUCAGGCAUCCAGGUGGGGUCACAUGACUAUGCAGCGGGACUUACGUAGUUUGCGUCGCCGCUGCUGGUACUCGCUGAGCUCCUGCAGGUAGCCUCUGGACGGCCAGCGUAGCCUCUCCACCUGCUCGCGCUCCUCUUCUGGAACACACAAACAUAAAUUGUUACCCUCUGUAAACACAACUGAUCCACCACAGUAAGAUUUACUGCGCUUGGCACACACAAACACGAACAUUGCUACAGUCCACACUCCUUGGACUGUAGCCAUGAACAUGGCCAACAAGGCUGAAAUAUCUGACACGACUUUGUUAACGGCAACAAGCCACAGAAGACCAGCGGUGAUCCAUCAUGUGCUGGCUCUUUAUUUUGGCCUUUGACUUUGCUUGUGCCCUUAAAUACCCGUCCAGUGACCUUAAAUGAUUCUUGUGUGUAUGACUAAUGCUGACAAUAAAAUGUGCUACUGCUACUAACUGGA